CAGCGAACCUUCAACUUCACAACGCGUCUUCCACCCGGUGCUUCCUCAUCUCAUUUGAUUGCAGUGCCAUUGCGUUUCAAUCUAUUCCAUCGGUACCACUUGUCGUGUUGUGCUUUGCAGCUGCCAGGCCUAGCCCAUCACCGAGUAUUAGCGCGCACCCGAUCGGCGAACGACAAUGAAUACCGCCCCGGGCCAAAUGGCCCAGCAAGGCCAGCCCCAGCCUCAGGGCGUACAGGCUCCUGCUGCUCAAAACCGGCCUCCAAUGUACCAACCCGGCCAGAUCAAGAAUCUCCCAUAUCUAAGCGAUGACGAGAAGACCAAGUACGAGCAAGGAUUGCGGGGCCUCUGGACUAAGAUGAAUGGAUCUCCAAACAACAGCUCGGACCAAAUUGCUGCUCGACAGAAGAUUAUAGAGUUCUCUAGGAUGUUGAUUACAAAGAUUCAACAGCGAAGGACUCAUGCUGCCCAGCAGCAGCAGCAACAGCAACAGCAGCAACCUCAAGCCCGGCCCUCAGUAGCACAAUCACAGGCGCAGGCGCAAUCAGCCCCGAAUGCCGCUCUGCAAGCCCAAGCCCAAGCCCAAGCCCAAGCCCAGGCACAAGCCCAGGCUCAGGCUCAGGCUCAGGCCCAGCAACAGGCCCAGCAACAGGCUCAACAGCAGGCUCAACAGCAGGCUCAACAGCAGGCUCAGGCUCAAGCACAAGCACAAGCCCAGGCCCAGGCUCAGCAGCAGGCUCAACAACAGGCUCAACAACAGGCUCAACAGGCUCAGUCACAAGCACAGCAACAAAAGCCGCCAGGUGCAGGAAACAACGAAGCUACGGCUACUGGCGCGGUUGGUCAGGCACAGAAUGCCCAAGCACCAGCCACAGCAACGGCCGCUGCCACAGCGGCGGCGGCGGCACAACGUCCCAAGAUACCCGAAGCCUUUAUGCAACACGUUAAUAAGAUGACAUUUCGGCCUCCGGUGCAGCUUGCAGACAAGUCUGUCGAUGCUGCCAAGUGGAUCGAGGAAAUGAAGGAACGAUAUGCUCGGGCCCUCAUGACCAUGGAAACUACCAAGAAUAAGGUAGCUAGCUGGGAGAAGCUGAUAACCGACCGGGCAGCUCAGGGAAACCCUCUCAAGGAGGAGGAGCAACGCCAAAUUCAGUUGAGAAAAGACCAACAACUGAAACUCUAUGCCGAAGCUCACAAAUGGGUGGAAGGCGUUCGAAAGCAGCAGGGAACCCUUCAACAAGCACAGGCUCAUGCCAAUCAGGCGACUGCUGGUGCCGCCGGUGCCGCUCAUGCUGCAACCCAGCCCGGCAACGCUACUCCAGUCAUGCCAGCUGCCUCUCCGGCGGCGGCAGCUGUGAACAAGCCCCAGAACGCCGCACAAAUGGCCAGCAAUGCCGCUGCAGAGGCAGCUAAAAACCAGCAGCAGAUGGCUGGUGCCAAUCGAGUCCCAGGUCCAAAUGGCGUUGCCUCUACACCUACACCUACACCGCAAGCACGGCCCGUUCCGAACGCGGCCGUCACAGGGCAGCAGCAGAUGCAAGGCCAACCGCAGAUGCAACCGCAGAUGCAACAACAGAUGCAGGCACCACAGCAACCACAGCAACCACAGCAGCAGAUGCAGAUGCAGAUGCAGCAACAACAACAGCAGCAGCAACAGCAGCAGCAGGCACAGAUGCAACAACAGGUGCAACCCCAAGGGCAGCCCCAAGGACAACCUCAGCCACAGGUGCAAGUCAAGACGGAACCUCCGCGGCCCGCACCAGUCAACACCGCCCUCGCUUCGGCUGCUGCACAGGCCCAGGUUGCUCAACAGACUGCAUCUCCUGCUCAAGCAGCAGCGCGAGUACCAACCCCACAAACUGCAACACCCGUCACUGGCCCGGGACAGCCAACACGAGCUCUCAGCCACUCAGCAGCAAUGUCUCUCGCUAACCAGAGAGCGGCUGGAAGCACUCCUGGAAGCGCACCGCUGCCUAACCAGGCUGCGAACGUCAACACAGCUGCCGUUACGGCUACCACCACCAACCCAAAUAUGGGAGUAUCGGGAGCUCAACUGCAGCAGGGCCAUCCCCACGCCCACCCUACGCAGCAGCAGCCUACCGUGCAGCCGAGAAUGCCGAUCCCCAAGCAGCUACCAGAAAAGGCUACUGCAGUGCCUCAGGGAGUGGCCAUUGGCGGCGGCGUCGUUCCCGGACGGCCAACCAUGUCCCAAGGCGGAGGAACGGUGGGAGGUGUCAUGAAUCAACCAGCAGUUCCCAGAGUACCCGCAUACAACCACGACGCCGAGGGUGACCACGUUCUUAGUAAGAAAAAACUGGAUGAACUUGUACGCCAAGUUUGCGGAGGAUCUGCAGAGGGCCAAGAUGGCAACCUCUUGACCCCAGAAGUAGAAGAGAGCGUUCUGAACCUAGCCGAUUCGUUUGUGGAUAAUGUCCUGCACUCGGCAUGCAGAAACUCCAAGGAACGCGGCUCCAAAGUGCUUGAGAUACGUGAUAUCCAGCUCGUACUAGAGCGGACCUACAACAUCCGUGUUCCGGGCUACUCUUCGGAUGAGCUGCGUACGGUACGCAAAGUUCAGCCUUCUACGGGCUGGAUUGCGAAGAUGAGUGCUGUGCAAGCUGCCAAGGUGAUGCCCGGAAAGGGCGAGUAACGGAUCUUGAGCAACUGUUGUCAUUUUCACGAUGAGAUUUUGGGCGCAAUUAUUAGCUCAGCUGCUGCAGCUGCUGCAAACGUUCUUGAAUUUUGAGAUUGGACGGUAAUGAGAAUGGGUACGAAACGGCGUUUCAGGAAAGGACAAUACCUGGCUAGGUGGCCGUCUACUAUUUUACUUUGCUUUUCAUCAAAAAGGGUCAGCAUUCCCGGAUGUCAAGGUCUGGCUAGUCCUGUGGGAUAUGGGCAACCAUUGUGAUUUUUCGUCUCAACGCUACGGAGAGGGAUAUGGCUUGAGGAUAUAGAUAGAGGCUAGCAGCCAACAAAUAGUCACAAAUUGCAGCAUUGAAUCCGAUAUGUGGCAAAGCUCUUGUCGUGAAAUUAGAGUUCUUUAAUAAUGAGACCGCAGCGCAGCAGCCUUGCUUGACUUGGCUCGCAGUGGACGGGCAACGC